UAUAUUUCUAUCGAUGGCCAUAGGCCGUCUCUUGCUCUUCGGCUUUAAUGGCGUGAGAGACCGUACUGGGAGUGUGUGUAUAUGUACGGUCCCUCAGUAACCGUAUGUGAAAUCCUUCAAUCUUUGCAUGCUUCACCAACUCCUCGCAAAGAAAACCCAGAAUCCAAACAAGAUGAUUUUUACCGGAAUGAAAUGCGAUUGAAAUGCUCUCACAUCAUCACAAACAAAAACCACAUUCAUUUCAAAUUCUGAGCAUAAACCAGACGAUAGAAAGUGAGGAGAGAUUGGCGAAAAUGAUGAAGACUGAUGAAGAGCUUGAAAUGUUGUUGGGGGAGAUCCCUCAUGCAACAUCACACAAUAUCCAUCAUCAUCAUCUGCAUCAUCAACAUAAUAGUACUCAUCGUGUCGACCGUGGUCAUGGACCAUUUAUAAGUCAGAGAACUCAUGGCAUGUAUGGUAUGUAUGAUGAUAACCCGUCAUGUCAUUAUAAGCAUUCAUGUGCAUCCUCUCCUGUAAGUGGGUUGUCUUUGCAUUCAGAUGGCUCUUCCUCAACAUUGUACUCUGGUGGGAAUCCUCUCUCUGACAACGGAUCACCUACCCCGCCUCCAAUAGAAGAGCUUAAACCCCAUUUGCCUUCUGUAAUUUCCCAUUACCCAGAUGGAUUAUGCUUGGAUUCUAAAAUACCCGAUUCAUCUGUUAAAAUGAAGACCAGCAGGAGUUUGAUUGAUGAAGUGAAUCUUUGUAGAAAUCUUAGUAAAGUGUAUAUUGGCAAUGGAAAAGAGGAUUUUUCAAAUUCGAGACACUUCUUGGUAGACAGGGACAGGCUUCUCUCUGGUGAUUGUUUCUUCAGUGGGAGUAAUAAAAUCAAUAUUGAUGAAUAUGAGAACUGUGAUAAUCUCAGGAGAGGAUCUUCUGAUUAUGUGGGAUUUCAAUCCCCCGUUCCAUCACGUGCUACAAGUUUUGAGGGUUUGGCAUUUUCAGGAUUGCAGCCGGAAUAUGAAAUGGGUAAUUCAUCGGGGUCAAGAUUGUCGCCCAGACACCCUGGUAAUUAUUUUCCUGAUUUUGGCUACUGCAAUAGCUCGACAAAUUUCCCAAGGCCAAAAACAAAAGAGCAGACAGAUAACUAUUUCCUACGGGGGAGUUCUGUUUCAAAUCUCCCUACUUCUUUGAGUGGACUGCCAAUGGUUGGGUCUCCUUUCUGUGCAAGACAAGACGGGAUGAAUUUGAAUGAAGAAGCAGGUGUACCAACUCUGCCCAAUUCCCUUCCAUUGGCGAAUCCAAGGCCUCACAUGAGUGUUAAAAACAUGCUACUUUUUGGCCUGCCCUUUUCCAAUUGUAGGACUAUGGCAUCCUCAAACCUUAGCAUCCCACAAGUAGAUCUUGAGUCUCUUACUAGUGAGGAGAGCUUCAUUAUUCAAGGUGAAGCUUUAAAUCAUCAAGUCAACAUGGGAUUUGAUUGUUCAAGGGGUCAGAUUAGGGAUGCCUCGCAUGAAAUUGGAGUGAGCAAGCGUGUAGGAAGGUCAUAUCUAGAUAGCUGGCAUCACAGUGCAGUAAUUUGUGAUACUACUCGGAGUGCAAGGAUAUAUUGCCCAUUCUCUCAACCACCUAGUUAUAACUCCUUGGCUGAAGCCCAAGGGUACAUAUAUCUACUAGCAAAGGAUCAGCAUGGUUGUCGUUUUUUACAAAGGAUUUUUGAUGGGGGUACACCAAAAGAUGUGCAAAUAGUAUUUAACGAGAUUGUAAACCAUGUUGCUGAACUUAUGAUGAAUCCAUUUGGGAAUUACCUUUUGCAGAAGUUGUUGGAUGUUUGUAAUGAAGAACAGAGAAAGCAGAUACUGCUCAUGGUAACUGAAGAACCAGGGCAGCUUGUCAGAAUCUCUUUAGACCCUCAUGGCACUCGCGUAGUACAGAAGCUGAUCGAGACUCUCAAAACCAGCCUUGAGAUUUCACUGGUUAUAUCAGCCCUUGAACCGGGGUUUCUUGCUCUUGUCAAGGACCUGAAUGGAAACCAUGUGGUCCAGCGAUGCUUGCAAUGCCUUAGCAUUGAAAAUAACAAGUUUAUAUUUGUUGCUGCUGCAAGGCAUUGUGUUGACCUUGGAACUCAUCAACAUGGAUGUUGUGUUUUGCAACGAUGCAUCAGCCAUUCGACUGGGGAACUUCAAGAAAACUUGGUUGCAGAAAUUUCGGCCAAUGGACUUCUGCUGGCUCAAGAUGCGUAUGGAAAUUAUGUUGUUCAGUUUAUCUUGGAGCUAAGAAUUCCUUCAGCUGCAUCAAAGUUGUCCUCUCAAUUUGAAGGGAACUAUGUGCACCUCUCAUCGCAGAAGUUCAGCAGCCAUGUGGUUGAAAAAUGCCUUGAUGUAUUUAAUGAUGAAAGUCAAUCAAAAAUCAUUCAUGAAUUACUCUCCGUUUCUCACUUUGAACAGUUGCUUCAGCAUCCCCAUGCGAACUAUGUUGUUCAAACAGCUCUUCGUGUUUCUGAGGGUCCUAUCCACAACUUACUGGUUGAAGUAAUCGAGUCCCACAAAGCAAUUUCACGCAACAGUCCAUAUUCUAAGAAGAUUUUCUCUCAGAAGCUUUUGAAGAAGUGAUGUACAUUCUCAAAUUUACCAUUUGAAUUACUGUUGUUCUAUGUCAUCAGUAGCUUGUUAGCUCUUCCACUCCCAUUCCAAUAUAUCUAUAGAAAAAUUAGCCUGUAAAAUUUGAUGCUGGUAACCAGGCCAAGAGUUCCUCUUGUCAGGACUGCACAAAAUAUCCUGUGCGCUCAGCUGAGUAGGCAAUUUUGCUUCCAGUAUAAUCCUGGACCAUGUACUAUUAUUCUGUUGUGUUGUUGAUCUAUGUUUUGGAUAUUUCUGCUCUGUUUAUUUUGGAAGUUCCACUGUAUUAUUUGUACUGUAUAAGAUGUUAGGAUUCGGUCGCUGUUGCUAUACAAAUAUAAGAUGGAUGCUUUCUCAA